GGGGGCCACACUUUAAGGGGUGAAUAACGAGAAAACUAAUCUAUUAUAAAACAGAGGCUUUUUUGUGUGUAUAGUUUAUAGUAAUUUUAUGUUAGAAUAGGCUUCUCUAUAAUACCAGGCUCAGAGAAAGAGUUGAACAUAAUGCAAACGCCAUUAAUCAAGUAGGCCGGUUAUACAGGUCCCUGUUACAUAAGAUUUUGAUUUGUUUUCAAAGUGCUUCAUACUUUGCCUCAUAUCUUUGUCAAUUUUCAACCGAUUUUGAUGAAAUUAAGCUCACAUAAAAGCCAAUCAAAUGCUCUACAAAUCACUAAUUUAUAGUUUCAGUGUAGGUUUAAUAGUUUGCGAGAAAAACACAACGAUAUAUUAAUGUGCUAGUUUUUUGUCUUAAAUCAAGAGCCGGUAAUAAUAAUACAAAAAUUCCCACAGGUUAUGGAGUAAAUGAAGAAAUCUCAUCUUCAAAAAUCUGAAUAUGAUUACAACAGUCAUAAUAUUUUCCAUUGUUUCAAAUAGGUAUCAGUCAAUUAUAGUGUCACAUUAAUUUCAUCAAAAUUACCAAUAUGUCAACACAAAUUCUUGAAAGGAAAUCUUCAAGUUCCACUUUUCCCUCCCAAGAUCUCAAAGCAUCAUCAAGUCCCAGUCUUCCUUCUCAAACAAACAGCGAACAAGAUGAUGCCGAAAAGUACGAUUUGGCAGUGAAAAAUGACCAAUUGAUACAAUAUUUGGAUAAGAAAAAGGAAAAUUUUGAAAAAGAAUUGAUCAAAUUGCAAGAUGGUAUUAAAAAUAAUGAAAAUCAAUUAUCGGAGAAGAGUAUAACAGAGCACAAAAAAAUUGAUGAUGAGACCAAAAAUCUCAAAUCAGAAAAUGAUAAUAAAAAAAAAGACAUCGCAACAAUAUCAACAGAACAUUUAAAAGCUUUGAAAAACCAAAUUGAGCAAAUCCAAACGACCAACAUAAAUUUGCAAAGUCAAAACAAAAAAUACGAACUGGAAUUGAGACGCGCUGUAAAAAUCGUUGCUUCAUUGAAUCGAAUUGUGGCCAAUUACUAUAAGAAAGCUUCCAAGAGUAUUUGUAAAACGACUCAGACAAAUUGGAAAGAAGAGAAUGAGACAACUUCUGAAGCCACUAAAGCUGAUUGCGCUCCAGGAGGUGAUUCAAGAUGUCAAAGCGAUCCGGAUACAGAAAAUGUGUCUGAUAUUUCCUUAUAAUCGAUUUUUUUUGUGGGAACUGAUUUUGGAUUAAAUUAAAAUAAUAUAAAUUGUACAAAAAAAACAUAUUAUUUAUUUUGUUUAAACGAAAAAUAAAACCAUUGAGCAUUAUUCGAAAAAUGUUAUAUAUACAGGGUGAUUUACGUAAUUUGAACAUUAGAUUGCAGGUGGAUCAGAUGGUAUUUCUACUAAUUCACCUGCAAUUUGGAAAACUUCUAAUGCAAAUCACGGUAUAUAAUUAUUCUCUAAUUAUUAAUAAUAAUAUGAACAGUUAUUGUAGAGUGAAACUGAAAAUGAAAUUAAUGGAUACCAUUUACUCAGCUUUAGAUAGCUUUACAAAAGUCAAAUUUAUUGGUAAAAAGUUGAGUUGGUCAUAGAUACAGUGGGACUCUUACUUUAUAAAGCUAUCCAAUUACUUUUGAUCAUUAAGAGAAAAAUGAUUUAGUAUCACAUAGUUAAUUGAUUAAAAAUCCAUUGUCUAGCUACUUUCAUCUUCUGAUAUUGAUAUUCUACUAGCUUCCUCAUCACUACUAUCAUCUAUUAAAUUGUCUCUAACUAAAGACGUUUCGUAUUCUAAGAUUUCAUCAUCAGACAAAUGUGAAUUGCCUUCUAUGAAAGAUGCAAACCUAGAAAUUAAAAAAAAAAACAAUUAUUUACUCAAAUUGUUGGUGUUCAGUGGGUACCUUUUCACAUCUUUUAAUUUCAAAGCAGUAUUCCAUUGAUUGCAUUUAGGGCUUGAACAAAACUGCCUCAAUUCUUCCAAGGCUUUGGUAGUUUCUCUUACCCCUUGCUGAUAAUACUCAUCAUUUGAUAAUGGCUUGAGUUUAGGAGGAAAUCGUUUUUUCCUGCAAGAAGUUGUCUGAUAUAUUAUCUAAUUGAAACAACAAAAAGACACUUACCAGUACCUUUGAGGUGCCGUUAUCCACCUUCUAGGCAAAAAUGUUAUUAAUAGCAACAAAAUUAUUUGCCCCAUUGCGGCUUCUUGAAAGUGACUGCUGAAAAAUACACUUAUCAAACCCAUAAGCUGUAAGGCCCAUUUUAUUAAAUUUAUAGUGCGAGGAUUUUCA